CCACUUCCAACGCCGCAUUCGGCGCCGCGUAUUGCGUGGCAUACCCGAUAAUGCCCGUGGCCAUGGAAUCCAUGGCUGUUACUAGCCGCGUCGCGCUAACGACAAACAGCGCCAGCCACCAGCAACAGUGUUACGUCCCACCAGAAUUUCGCGCACGCGGUACCAGCGGCGCCGCCGAAUUGAGAAAUUUCCCGCCGGCCCAUCAAAGUUGUGCUAGUUUCCAUCCUACGUGGCAUUUGCGACGUUUCGAGAGUUCCACGUGUCAUUCAGCGAGCGAUCCGACGUGUCAGCUUCAGGCACCGCAAUUUCCGUGCGUCCAGCGACUACUGCGAAAUUCACGACUAAGGACAAGCUUCGCGAAGAACUGCUUUAUAGGCGAUGGUUACCAAAUUUCGCGAGAUUUGCGACGGCAAAGACGGCUCCGCACUGUAGAGCCGAGUCUGGCUUCCCCCGCAUGCAGCCUCCCCUCGCUGAAUCCCUCGAUCUCUGCAUCUGAACCGUCAAUUUCCUGUCAAUCUCCACCGUCCAUUCCCAACCAGGCUCUGGUGGCAUCCAUCGCCGCAUCUCAGCCGUCCAUUCCCUUCGCCCUGCCAUCUCAGCCAUUGAUCCCAGCAAGCGACACGUGGGGGGUAUGGGCCGCGCUGCUAGUAGCCGCAGCCAUAGGUUUCUGGUCGGAGCGCCAUACCGAUUUAGGACGCGCUUUAAGCGGCCCGUUAGUCGCCACAUUAGUAGGCCUAGCCGCGAGCAACUUAGGCCUGAUCCCCUGCGAGGCGCCUGCUUAUAACGUAGUUAAUCGCUUCCUGCUGCCUCUAGCCGUUCCUCUGCUGUUAUUUGCUGCCGACCUAAGGCGGGUGAUUAAAGACACCGGGCGGCUUCUUCUGGCGUUUUGUGUGGGAGCAGUCGGCACUAUCUUUGGAACCCUGGUGGCCUAUGCCGCCCUGCCGCUGCGAUCGCUGGGCGGCGAUGGUUGGAAGAUAGCGGCUGCACUGAUGAGCCGGCACAUAGGGGGAGCUGUCAACUACGUGGCAGUGACAGAGGCGUUACAAGCAUCCCCAUCGGUGGUAACUGCAGCGCUGGCAGCAGACAACCUGCUCUGCGCGCUCUACUUCACCACGCUCUUUGCCCUCGCUGCCAAGAUACCGGCAGAACCCAUCAGUGGUGGUUCAAGCAGUGGUGGUAGUGGCGCUGCCAACAUUUCGCCCGAUUCGCAGGCCCCCCCCUCUUUCGACGUCUCAGCAGCAGCCACUGCCCUCGCCCUCUCCGCCUCUCUCUGCUGGCUCGGGUCCGUGCUUGCAAGGAGCCUUCACUUCACUGGCGGCACCAUCCCCUGUGUCACAGCGCUGGUGCUCGCAUUCGCUACAAUCACACCUGGCCUGGCUGCCCCCCUGGUUGCCCCUGGGGAGAAGAUGGCUGCGCUGAUGCUGCAGGUGUUCUUUGCCUCAGUCGGUGCCAACGGCAGCCUCUCCUCCGUUCUCUCCUCCGCCCCCUCCCUCUUCCUUUUUAUUCUCCUCCAGCUCUCCCUGCACCUCCUCCUCACCCUCUCCCUCGGCCGCCUCCUCUCCUUCCCCCUCAAGCCGCUCCUCAUCGCCUCCAACGCCAAUGUGGGCGGGCCGACGACAGCAGCCGGGAUGGCAGCUGCCAAGGGGUGGCGAUCACUGACUGUUCCGGCCGUGCUGGUGGGAAUUUUUGGGUACGCUACAGCCACAUUUCUGUCGGUUGUCAUAGGGCACACUGUCUUAAAGCCCAUGCAUCUGAAAGCAGUGCUCUCCUGACAGGGCUGCUGCCAGCAGCAGUAGCACCGACAACAGCAGCGGGGAUGGCUGCUGCCAAGGGGUGGCGAUCUUUGACUGUUCCGGCGGUGCUGGUGGGUAUUUUAGGGCUUCAAGCCAUAGCCAUGUUUCUCUCAGCUGCUGUAGGGCACACCGUCUUAAAGCCCAUGCACCUGGCUGUUCUGGUGGGGGUUUUCGGGUAUUUGGCUGUGUUGGUUGCGACAGUUACUUGAAGCGCAGUUAUCGGGCACACAAUGCUCAAGCCCUUCGAGACAGUCAUGUUAAGACUAGAAAGAAUGAGUAGACGAAGGGAGAACAGAGGAGAUAUAGUGUUUGGGUUGUACCCACUAAGAACAUACCCUAUCUAGCCUAUAACUUCUGCAUAACAAUAUAUGUAAAAGUUGACA